UAUGCUACCCUGGAAGAUAUGAACAAACUGAAAAUGGCAAAUAAAGUGGAGGAGGAAGGUGAUCAGGUCAAGGGGAAGAGUCAAAAAAUAACUAACCAAGAUGUGAAGGGAGACCACUACCAAGGUGAUCACUACGGAAAUUUUAUACCAACCAUUGGGACGUCUUCCUUGAGAAGGUCUAGCCAAAUUAAAUACACAUAUAAAAACAUAGCAGUAAAAAAUGUGCGGGGAAAUAUUAACACAAGAAUUGCUAAACUGUGUAAUGGGCAGUAUGAUGCGAUAAUCAUUGCAAAGUGUGGACUGGAAAGACUAGCAACCAAAAAGGGGAUUAGAAAUAUAAUUAGGAGCAAAAAUAAAGUGCCCCCCAAAAAGCUCCUAAUUAAUCACAACAACACGGAGAUCAAUUUGAACCUUUUACACAUCCAGCAAAUAAACAGGAGAACUAUCUACCCUGCUUUGUGCCAGGGAAUUAUCGCUGUGUCAUCCCACAAAAAUGAUGUGGGCAUUUCUGAUAUACUGAAAAAUAUAAACGAUGAGAAGGCACAAAUUAUGGCAAAUGUUGAGAGGUGCUUUUUGUAUCAAAUCGAAGGGAAUUGCAUGAUGCCCAUUGGGGGGUAUGCAAAAAUUGUAAAUGGGGAAAUAGUCUUCAAUGCGGUGAUUAAUGAUAUCUAUGGGAAAGAGAAAUAUCACGUUCGCGAAGUUGGGACGGUGCAAAAUUGCAAUCAAAUUGCAGUAAUGGCUGCCACAAAAAUGAAGGAAAAAAUCGGGACGCACAGGUUUAACAAAAUCAGGGAAGAGGCGGCCCAGUACUAUGCGUAA